AUGUCAUCAUCCACCCCAUCGAACUCAUAUUCGAUCACUUCUUCGACAAAGGACGGCUCCACCCGCGACGAAAUGGAACGAAUGGUCGCAGAGAUCCGUUUGGCUGCCAAGCAAACGGCAUCAGAACCUGUCAAACCCAAGGAUCUCACCGAGAACGAAGCCCAACAAAUGGUCACUGACAUCAAGGCAGCUCCUGAAAGCGAAGACUCCGAGACAUCGAAAGAGCUCACGGAACAAGAGGUGCACAGAAUGAUUGUGGAAAUGCGCCAAGCCGCUGAAAAAGCCGAUUCCGAGGAAGCUGCCGAACGUGAAAUGCAGAGAAUGGUCGACGAAAUGAAAUGGGCUACUGAAGAACAAAGCGAAGCCGAAGAACGAGCAAGAGCCCAAGUAGAAGUAGAAGUAGAAGCAAGAGCCACAGCGGAAGAAAAAGCCGAAGUAGGAGCCACAGCCGACGAUGAAGUUCGAGUCCAUGGAGUGACAGCUCCUCAAGCAGUGAGAGUUCAACGGACGACAGUUGGAGCAGUGGAACCUCAAGUGGCUGGAGUUCCAGAUUCCAGCGUUACGAAAGCAAGAACAAAAGACAAGGAAAACUAA